AUGUGCCACAGACCAACCUACAACGCGCCAUGCGUCCCCACCGCUGAAGAGAUGGAUCGCCGCCCCGCGCGCCCGCUCCCGCGCGUGCUGCGCCGCCCGCUAGCGCUGGUGGCGCGCCUCGUCGCGCGAGACGGUCUGUACGUGGCGCUAUCGCUGGGGCUGCUCCUGGUCGCCUCGCUGGUGCUGUACGCGCUGUCCCCACCGCCUUUGCUCUACCCGCCGCUCGCCGACCGCGCGCCCAACCUCAACGCCGCAUCCGGGACCACCCCGCAUCUGGAAGGGUUGCUGCAGCGCGUCUCGCCGAACGCGUCCAGGCUCGUCGUCGCGGUCGCCGUCAACUACGCCUUCCGCAACCUCGCGCUCAACUUCGUGUGCAACCUGCACCGCCUGCGCAUCCCCAACUACAUCGUCCUCGCCAUGGACCGCCCCGUGUAUCGGUACCUGUCCGCGCGCGGCGCGAACGUCUUCUUCUACGAGGACACCCAUCGGAGGCGCUUGCUUGCGGACGCGGGGGGCGACAGGUUCGGGUCCUCGGCGUUUGUCGAGACGUCGCGCCGCAAGUCCUUGCUCGUGCUCAAGGUCCUGCGCCUCGGCUACUCGGUCAUCUUCUCAGACGUUGACGUCGUGUGGAUCAGGGACCCUAUCCCGCACCUCGUCGCGCACCCCUUCGAUUUUGUCAUGCAGUCGGACCGCAACCAUAACGAUCGUGACGCCGCUCUCAACUACAACCUUAAUUCCGGUUUUUAUCUCGCCCGCGCCUCGUCGCGCUCGGUCAUGGCUCUGAGGGCCAUCGUCAAGUACUCGGAAGCCAUACGACGCUCGGAGCAAAAGGCCUUCAAUUACGUCCUGUGCGGCGCGUUUAAGGACCACCACGCGGGGCCCGGCACACGCGUCGGCGCCCAGGAGUGCACUUAUCGAAAGGGCGGCGCCACCGUCAUAGCCCUGCCGCUCGACGACUUUCCGAACGGCAGCAACGAUGCCAUUUGGCUCAACCGCUCCACCCCGUUUGUCAGCGCUUAUCCAAGCGUUGUCGCCGUGCAUGCAAAUUACGUCGAGGGGAUGGCAAACAAGGUCGACCGCAUAAAACGAAUUGGCUUUUGGCUUCAUUCCGAAGUAUCCGCACGACCGGACGGGUGUCUCCUACCACCGCAGCGGUAGCGUCGUCUCCUGAAACAAAAACUGUAAACUAACGAGUCUAGCCCUGCGCGCAAUUCACCCUGUCAAAA